AAUUUUUGAUUUCAUUUACCUGGAACUAUUUCAGAAUUGUGUUUCGAAAGAGGUUCAAAAUGAGCCAGACAGGAGGAAGACAUAAACUUGGAGUGCUCAUCUUUAUCUUUCUUGUUGUGUGUAUUGUCGUCGCUGUUGUGACGUGGCAUUUCACUAAGCGCUCGAACGAAAACAACACGCCUUCGCAUGCAAGUCCACAGAAGUCUGUCGAAGAUAUGCAUCUUGGAGAAGCUGCAAUUCAAAACAAUAUGAAAAUUGUUAUUAAACGAAAAACUCUAACUGUACUAUCGGGGCAGUUGUGGAACGAUAAGUUGCGUGUUAACGUUACACAAUGGUCAAACACAAAUGUUUGGAAGAGUACUGUGGAGUGGCCACGUGACAGGAAGUUGGAGGUAUCUUACAAGAAAGAGGGCGGUGUACCUUGCUAUCAGUUUCACUGGAAGGUAACGGUGGGUAUGGAGUCAGUUUUGUCAGACUGUUGGGACAUAGGAGACGCACACUGGUACGGAGGGUUUGAAGAUUAUUAUCAACCGUGGCCUCUUGAAAAAAUGUCGAGAAAUAUAUCGGCUUUUAUUGUUAACGAUUCAUAUCAAAAGAAACUCGGGGGCGUGCAGGAGAGGUAUUUCAUUACCUCUAAAGGGGUUGGUAUUUAUAUAGAGGAAGAUGUGCCAUUAUUUAUCAGCAUCAACGCCUCAAAUGACAGGAAAGUAUGUUUACAAGCUAAGUACGAAAAACACCCUUACCAAAACUAUAAAAAGCUCCUUCCCUCACUUAAUUACCAUAUCUGUGUGUCGACAGAUGUUAAAUUAAUUCAUGAUUUCAUGUCAAGAACCUUCAUAAAACUUCGACCAACGGAUAUUCCUGAUAGCACUAUGUUCCAAAAGCCAAUAUGGUCGACAUGGGCGCAAUAUCACAAAGACAUUAACCAGUCUUUAAUCAUAGACUUUGCAAACAAUAUAAUAAAAAACAAUUUCACUCACUCUCAGCUAGAAAUUGACGAUGACUGGACACCAAAAUAUGGAGACAUCGACUUCAAUGUUGCAAAGUUUCCGAAUGCAAAAGCAAUGAUCAACCAGUUAAAUGACAUGGGAUUUCGCGUCACAGUUUGGCUUCAUCCUUUCUUUAAUCUCGAUUCGAGCGCGUUCUUUGAAGCAGCAUCAAGGUACUUCUUGAUUCGACAGUUUGAAUCCCCACGACCUGGACUGGUUUCUUGGUGGGACGGUAAACUUGCUGGAAUAAUCGAUGCAACGAAUCCAGAAGCGGUGGAAUGGUAUCUAAAUAAAACCAAGUUUCUCCAAAACACGUACAACAUAAGCUCCUUCAAAUUUGACGCUGGUGAGGUGAAUUGGCUUCCACUGGUUUAUUCUUCAAAUUUUGAUAUUCCAAACGACUACAGCAAACAAUGGGCAAAGCUUGCGUAUAAAUCUGAUGAAACAGUUCGUCACCAAGAAGUGCGUGUCGGCUAUAAAACUCAGGAUUUACCCAUAUUUGUAAGAAUGCUCGAUAAAGACAGCAACUGGGAUUACACCAAUGGACUGAAAACAUUGAUCCCUACGGCACUGACCUUUGGCAUUCUGGGAUAUCCAUUUAUACUUCCGGAUAUGAUAGGAGGGAAUGCAUAUUAUACUCACCCAGAGAGAGAACUCUACAUCCGUUGGAUGCAAGCUAAUGUUUUUCUACCUUCGCUUCAGUUUUCCAUAGUACCAUGGCAAUACGACGAGGAAGUAAUAAACCUUACUCGUAAAUUUAUUCAGCUUCACGAUGACUACACAGACACUUUCCUAAAACUUGCAAGGGAAGCCACGAGCACUGGUGCACCCAUCAUAAGACCCUUAUGGUGGAUAGCACCAACAGACGAGGUGGCGCUGACAAUAGAUUCGGAAUUCCUCCUGGGAAACGACAUUCUUGUGGCACCAGUUCUGGACAAGGGGGCAAGGUCACGUGACGUGUACUUGCCGGGGGGACAGUGGAAUGAUGUUCUUAGAGGGGGCGUCAAACAAGGAGGCUGGCAUAGAAAUUAUAGGGCUGAACUUCAUGAGCUUCCUUACUUUAUACGGGAUACGUAAAGACGACAAAUUAAGAGAAAUAUUACUGUAAAUAAAAUUUUAUUCUUGAGAAAUUUAAAACGCGUAAAUUGGGUUUUUUAAACCUCGAAAAAAAAAAAUAUCUUGAAGAAUAUAAGAAAAAAUAUAAAUCUGCAAAAGCGCAUGCAUGCAUUUUCAAUUUUUCAUGUUAAACUUCGGAAUUCUAUGAUACCCGAAU